GCCAGAGUGCCCCACAUCAUCACUCCAUAUAGGUACUAACUUCCUGCCAAAGACAUUGAACCACGUGACGUGUUGUGUGGAAAGCCAGACGGAAGAAAGAAACUUCUAAGAACUUUGACCUUACAUGCGAGGGUGUAAAGAGGUCAUUAUCGCGUGAUUGCAACGAGUUAUUAUGGCGUGGUCAAAGGUGAUAAUGAAUAUGCCGCGGUGGCGGACGACGAGGACAGCAAUCCUUCCCAUGGGUUUCUUAGUUCUGGUCUGUCUUCAAGUGACCCAGUCUGCACCAUCAGCACCUUUCAGCACAGAAGACGACCACAGCACUGAGGGAUCCCAUCAGCAGUUUUCGGCUGGUGGCGUUUCCUCUGAUGACGAUGGCAACAGCGCAGAAGACGUUCAUUCAUUCUUUGUUGUGCCAGGCACUAACAGGGAAGUUCCGUCUAGAAGUCCCACAGUUGGUGCUGCCAACUCCCAACUCAAUCAUGCUGCAUUAUCUGCUCAGCAGAACAGGGCCAAAAGCAUGUCUGCUCAUUCCCACUUUCGAAUUGGGCGUGAUAGUCUAGAAAUUCCAGAUCCACAGAGUAGAGAGAUAAUAAGUUCAAGAGUUGGACAUGCGGCUGGAUUCCCUAAAGGAAGCUUCUCUUCUCAACACUUAUCAUUCGGAAGGAGCGAUGACGAUUUUGAUGACAAAUUUGACGACAACAGCCGUGAGUCCGACGAUGAUGACCCUCCAUAUUUUGGUCUGGGCAGAAGAUACCAACCUGAAGGAUAUUCCUACGUCCCUGCUAAGAAACUCUUCAUCCCUCCUCCAGCACGUCCAUCAUCACAGGCCAUCGGGAAGCAAAUGCCCCAAAGUAUUUCCAAUCCCUAUAUUUAUUCUGUAGAUACAUCUGGCGAAGAUCGUGACGAUGAUCGGGAUGAUCAUUUCGAUGAUGAUGACGACGAUGAUGAUGUCAAGCUCUUUGCUACCAAUAGCAUCGUCAAUAUGCGCCAUGACGAUACGAACGAACACCGCUUAGCAUUUAAUGAAAACACUUUGCGUGGAUUUUACAACUACGUCGAUGGGCAAGGCAGCAGACGAUGGGCAUAUGAACUAGAUGAUCAAUACCAAGACCAUACAGUUCAUGAAGAUGGCACCAUGAAGGGUAAAUAUGGAUGGACUGCUCCUGAUGGACACAGUGUUAAAAUACAAUAUGUUGCUGAUGAAGGUGGAUUCAGAGUAAUUAGCUCUCAUGGUAUUUAUCUGGGUGAUGAUGAUGAUGUAGAAGAAGCAAGGAGACAUCAUUUACUAGCUCAUAAAAAGGCAGGAAGCAUCAUAGGAUCUGCAGAGGAUGAUGUCACACUGUUUGCAACUGGAGGAGCGCCUCUCCCUGGACAGCAACCAGGAUUUGGGGCAAAUGGUGGUGGAUCUGUAGGAGUUCCACUUCCGGGGCAGGCACCUGGAUUUGGAGGAACCAGUGGAGGAUUUGGUGGCGAUCCAUUAUCCAGCCAACCUGGAUUUGGAGCAAGUGGUGGUAGUCCCGGUGAUGCUGGUGUUUCUUUGCCUGGACUAGAAACUGGAGGCCAGUUGCCAGAUGGAGCAGGACUUUCUCCAGGUCUAGGUGGUUUUGGAGGGUCUGAUGAUGACACAACACUUUUCACAACUGGCCAAGGGACUGGGGCACCUCUACCAGGAGCAGGAUCACCCAGCCAAGGUUUUGGAGUGGACUUCCAAGGGCCUCCAAGUGGAACUUCAGGAGGUUCUGGAUCAUUUGGGGUACCACUGCCAGACCCAGGAGCAGGUGGAGCAACAACAGGGGGAGCAACAACAGGGGGAGCUUUUUAUUUUAUUCGGCGAUGACGAUCCAACAUUUGUACUCGGGGGAGGUGCUGGAGGUGUUCCAGGAGGAGACCCGUCAGACCCAUGCCUUCUCAAAGGGAAACAACAUCCUUCUUUAGCACCUGAAUGCCAAAAUGGACAAUCAGGAACCUUUGGAGGAUCUGGAGGACUAGACUUUGGAGGUGGUGUUCCAUUACCUGGCACAGAUGGUGGAGCUGGAAAUUUUGGACUUCAAAUGAUAACCGAUUCCUUCGGAACCUAAAUUCAGUCAAAAUUUUCAGUCCCUCGGAUAAAGAAGCAGAGCAUGUUGAGCCGUGCAUGCAAUCCUGAGGGUUCAGUUUGCGUACAGAGAGUCUCUCUUGCAUACCCACGUUACCAAUAGAAUUUAUGCUGAAACAACGAUAUAAAAUAUAUUUAAAAAUAAACGAUACCAAAUGAGUGUCAUCUCCUUUAUCCUAUCCUAUAUCCUUACAUUCCUAUGACUGAAGGUUUAUCAUUCCCUUAAAAGUCUGAAUCAUACAUCAUUAGAAAUUCAUUAUUCAGAUAUACAGUAGGGAAUACUACUGUAUCAUUUAGAGCUACUUUUUGGGGGGGUUAGAUUGUAGGAGUUGAUCAGAAAUGUUUUUUCCUAGGAAAUCCAUAUCUGAACAAAUUAAAAUUGUAGUCAGCUUUGGACAGUCACACAAAGCCUGUUUCAUAUACUACUACAGAUACAAAUACCCUGUACAUAAUCUACUGAAACGAAAGCUUUACCAUUAACUUUCUGAUAAGAAAUCUGUAUUUUAGGUUAAGCAAUCAAUAAAGAAUACAUGAGA